UUACGCCAUAGCGCGCCGGCCUACGUCACACAGCUGCAGCGCUCGCGACUCCAUCAUCAAAAUAAACAAAAAAAAACACGAAUAAAACAUUUAAUUCGCGUAAAAAAACAUUAAAAACUCACAUCCUAACUUGUUUAAGUGCAUAAACGUGUGAAUAACAGUGUGCAGUGCGGGGAAAGUGUGCUAGCUGUGUUUCCUUGUGUGGCCUUUAAGUGUUUAGUUGGUAGUUUGGGAAAGGCCACAAUCAAAUGUGCUUAGGACACGAAAUUUAACGUAAUGUUCCGAUAACACAUGAAAACAAUUUGGUCAAGAUGUGACUAAAACGUCAUCUAAGUAUCGCAUAAAAAUACGAACCGUGGACGGAACCAGAAGCCAAGGCGGGGAGCUCUCACGCUCCACCGCAUAUUACUAUGGAGACCUGGAGAAGCUCAAAAGGCAGAAACCACUCGAGGAUGUACCGGAACAGCGUCAAGAGACAAGCGAAAUCUGCGAGAUUGUUCCCCAGCGGAAUGUCAUGGAAGCCCCGAGGCUGGUCGAAGUGGGUCGGCAAUGGAGUCUACCGGAAUACACUACGCCGGAAAGUUCGAGAAAAAUCGAGGAGACCUACUCAACAGCUGGCACCUUUCCGAUGCCGGAGCCCAAAGAGAAGGAGCCUCUUCUAGCCGAGUUAGAAGUAGUAGGAAGACUCCCGUUGACGCAACUGGAAAGCAGUUCGGUCGUCAGACGCAGCAGGAGUUGGUAUCUUUGCUGCCCUAACGUCGGUGAUGAGGAGAUCUCUAGAGAAUCCUCCUGGAGGUACUCCAGUCUUCGGCCGGUUACUGCAGCACCGAUUCCCGGUCAAAACGGUUUGAUGGUGGCAACACAGAGCACGGCAAGAGAUGACGUGACGGCUCUGAAAGCAGAAAGAGACGCCCUCGCCAGAGCAUUGGCGGCGGAAAGACAACGUGCGGCCACCGCGGCCCGAGCUCACGAUGCAAGGCUGGCUGAACUACACGGGGUCAUAGCUGAACUGGUGCGCAGGAGAGCCGAUAAACAGGCCAGAGCGAUACCAGAAGAGGAUGGCUCAGACGAGUGCGAGUCGACCACGCAGCCGGCGGAGGAGCUGGACAACGACGCGGAUCCGUCCAGGACCGAGCAGAACGACACCUCCUCGUUGGCGAGUCCAGCCGAGCUCCCGGCGCCGCGGGGACCGACCGCCGGGGACGCGCCUGAUGACGCGACCGACGCCAGCGGAGACGACCACAGCAGGCCGUGCAACCCGACGAUAGAGGUGACGUCAUCGCAGCAGGUCACGGACUGCGACACCAGUCUGAACCUCUCCGAGAGGGACUCCGAGCUGUGUCUGACCACGGCCAGGUGCUGCCGGGCGGCGCGCCAGCCCCGGAGCGCCGGCGACAGCUGCGAGCGGCAGCGCGGCUCCCCGGCCUCGCGCGGUCGAUCGGAGACGAGACGAGCCAAGCUGGCCUCGCGCGUCCGGCUGCGGACGGCGGACUCGCGCGACCCCAGCACGGACGAGGCGUGGUCGCUGGAGGCGGAGCGGCUGGCGCAGGACGUGUGCGCGCAGGCCGACCUCCGGGAGGCGCUCGUCGCGGCCGGCAACGACGGCGAAGCUCUGUCCGCCAGCGUGGAAGCCUUAAAAGCUCACUGCCGCAAGCUGGAGGCGGACAACGCUGUGACCCAGGCGGCGCUGGAGCAGGCCACCGACGUGGUGCACAGGCUGUACACGUUCUGCAGCGUGCAGGAGUCCUGGGUAGUGCAGCUGUGCGCGGCGCUGCGGGCCGCCGACCGCACCGUGGAGGCCUACGACGUGCUGCUGGCGCUGGCCGAGACCGAGCGCCGCGCCGCGCCACACCAGCGCGAGGCGGCGGAGCUGGUGGCGAGGCAGCUGCUGGCGCGACUCGACGCGGAGCAGCGGUGCGCCACGAUCGGGGAGCCCUUACUGUCGCCGGGGCCGUGGUUGGAACACGAUAACAAUGCGGAGGCGGGCGGCGCGUGGGGGGGCCAGCAGGAGGCGUCCCUCCGCCGCCACGUGGCCGCGCUCAAGAGCUCCGCCGCCGCCCUCCGGGACUGCCGCCCCGCGCUCUACUCCCAGCACGACGGCGCCGAGGAACUGUCCGGGGGCGCGGCGGACUACAGGCUGAUGCAGAUGGAGGCCGCCAUCGUGCUGCAGCAGGAGUCCGCGCAGUUGAAGGAGCGCGUGGACAGCAGCAGGCUGUGCGAGGGGGCCGCCCCGCGCCCGCCGCCGGACGCGCGCCGCUGCAGUGAUGCGAUUGACAAAAGGAAUCUCGAAUCCAAGGGCCUACGGUCGGAUGUCCGCGCCUCCAAUGUCGCUAAUAAUUAUUCGUUCUGAUGUGUCACUAGCAGGUAGUGUGCCCCCCGCCCCCCGCACCCGCCCCCGCGCCCCGGGACCGCGCCGGGCGAGAGAAUCGAGGAAAUCAUGGAAACAUUAUGAGUAACCGACGCGGCUGAUGAGUUGGGGGGCGGGGGAGUGGGGGGGGGGGCGUCACGUAGUGGCAUGGACAAUCUCUGACGUCACCACGUCUGUCCAUUGACAGUGUCGAUAGCGGGAGCACGCGAGAGCCGGUGUCCGUCUUGAAUGAGUCUAAUAUCAAUUAUGUAAUUGUACAAAAUAAUAAUAAUGGAGCAUUAAAGUUUGAAAUGUUUAAAUCCUUGUUGAAGUAUGUCGGUGCGCGCAGUGAGUGCUGAUGCUUAGUCAGUGGAUGUCGCUGUCCGCGGGCACACCGGCGCGGCUCGCGGCCGAAACUAAAUCUUAAGUAAACACAGCCGGGGUCGCACUGGCAAGACGCCCGGUCAGGUGUAGGAGUGUGGGAGCCGCGUGGUCGCUGCGCAUCAAGAGAGCCGUGAGCUUGUCGACAUGUCCGGAUCAACAAACCCGACUUCAAUGACUAUCAGUGACCAACCCGCCGCCCUCCAGCGCCGCGAGCUGUGCCGGGAUGAGACUGCGCUUAACGCCAAGCGAGCUGCUUGCUCGUCUAAUAUGUUUUGUAUAAUAUGGUUGGCUGGCGGACAGCGCAGGGUGCUAGUGCUAAUAUUAUAAAUAAAGUUGAAGCAUUGAA